UGGGCGGGGCUUGUGAAACCGGCGUCAGUGAGGUGGACAUGACGCCAUUUUGACGUGACAGCGGUGCAACUAGCGGUGACAGAGAACUCUCUAGAAGCAUCGUUUUGAGUUGAAUUGACUGAAAAAGAGCUUCCUUUUAUAACAACCGACAAACCUGAGAGGAUGGGGAAUGUCUUUGCGAAUCUCUUUAAAAGCCUCUUCGGGAAGAAGGAGAUGAGGAUCCUGAUGGUGGGCCUGGACGCAGCCGGGAAAACCACCAUUCUCUACAAACUCAAGCUGGGCGAGAUCGUCACCACCAUCCCCACCAUCGGUUUUAAUGUCGAGACGGUGGAGUACAAGAACAUCAGUUUCACAGUGUGGGACGUGGGCGGUCAAGACAAAAUCAGACCCCUGUGGAGACACUACUUUCAGAACACACAAGGACUGAUCUUUGUAGUGGACAGCAACGACCGCGAGCGAGUAAACGAAGCGAGGGAGGAGCUGACGAGAAUGUUGGCGGAAGAUGAACUGCGUGAUGCCGUUCUCCUCGUUUUCGUGAACAAGCAGGACCUGCCCAAUGCAAUGAACGCAGCUGAGAUCACAGACAAGCUCGGGCUUCACGCGCUGCGCCAUCGCAACUGGUACAUCCAGGCCACGUGUGCUACGAGCGGAGACGGCCUGUACGAGGGUCUCGACUGGCUCUCCAACCAGCUGAAGAACCAGAAAUGAACCAUUCCACCCACCCUCAGAUCUGCGUGUGUGAGAGAGAGAAUGAGAGAGAGAGAGAGAGAUGUUGGCCUUGCCUAAACCUUGACUGAUCUCAGUAUAUUUUUAUCCCCACGUGUGUGUUUGUGUGUUUGUGUGUGUGUGUGUGUGUGUGUGUGUGUGUGUGUGAGUGUGUGAGUGAGUGAGUGAGUGAGUGAGAGAGAGAGAGAGAUGUUGGCCUUGCCUAAACCUUGACUGGUCUCAGUAUAUUUUUAUCCCCACGUGUGUGUGUGUGUGGAAGGAAGUGCCAUUUGACCAACUCAAGUGUAUUUGUGUGUUGGACACGAGUGCAUCAUUCAGCACAAACCCCAACGGUUCUCAAUAUUUUUGAGUCUUUCAUAAGGGUUUAGGCUUCGCUGCCUAAUGUGUGUGUGUGUGUGUGUGUGUGUGUGUGUGUGUGUGUGUGUGUGAACGUGAUUCUGAGUGCAAGUGUUUACUUAAAGUGCGUAUGAGAGAAAGAACGUGUGUCUGCUCAGACCAUAGAUAUACAUAUUACAACCCUGCGUUCACUCUAGCAAGCGACAGGCGGCCAUUUAUUAACACGCACGUACGUGACGCGGAGCCGCGAUUGGCACGAACGGUUCUUCGCGCCAAUCCUGUGUCACGUGUGAUGCGAAGAUUAAUUUCUUUUCAUUUAUUUAUUCAUGUGCAAAGAUUCUUCAGUUCCCUACACACAACUUUUAAUUCGUACCUGAAAUCAGUUCCCAUUUACUGUGCAAAAAAAAAAAAAAAUUUCCUGUUGUAUUCAACGUGUCAUUAAACGUACGUAGCUAGGACAGUUAGCUUGCUUUGCUAAUCUGUUAAAUCAAACGAUAACAUUCAACACUGGUUAGCAUGUUUAUUUAAUUUUCGUGUGACUAGUUAGCUUUUGAAGCUGUUUAUAGCUACUACCGUUUCGUUUUGUAACAGUUUCUCUAAAAAAAAAAAAAAUGCCGGUCAGGCCAUGCACACUGGCGUCCCCGGUAACAUCAGUUACAUGCCCGCUAGAGACGAACUACAAUUUACUUGCAAGAGUGAACGCGGGGGGUUAGAGGCGGAGACGGAUGAUGAUGUCACUCUGUACAGAAACGCGCUCUAAAAGAAACGAUUGUCUAUGGACGUGUAUUUUUUUUACUUAUUCCUAAAAGAACGUAAAUGUUGAGGUUUGUUUGCUUGUUUUGUUGUUUGUUUUUCCUGCAGCAGAAUGUAAUUUGCUCGUUACAUGGCAUUUCAUGUGUUUCAUGUCUUAUUAAAUUGCUUUAACAACUGAAAUGCGAGACGGACAAUAGCUUGCGCACGUAUGGUUUAUGGUUAGCUAAGCCGCUUUUAUUCGUUCGCUACAAAUCAGCUUGUUGGAUUCGAUUAUUUAUUUGAUGAAGGUCAGUUAAGAUAAGCGAGUUAAGCUAUGGGGGGUGAACAAAAAUCAGAUAUUGCUCUCCGAAGGAAAAAAUAAUGUUCAAAAACAGACAAAUACGUACAAAGAAACGUAACAUACGAAGCGGUGGCUUCAGUAGCGUCAUCUCUAAUAUGUAUAUCUACGGCUUGGAUUGAGGACGGACCCCGGCGUGCCUUUCACACACCUUUCCUUCGAAACAAUUCUUUCAUACGCACUCUCUCGUUGUUGUUGUUGUUGUUGUUGUUACCCCCCCCAUUCUCAAAUGUGGAUUUCAGGAUGCUUUUGCGACCUGCGUGGCGAUACUGCUCUUAACAUGGCCUCGCUGAACGGUUGAAAAGUUUCCAGAUGUGUAUAAGUGUAAAGAAGCGCAGUUUAAUAUUUAUAAAUAUUUUUACUUUAUGUUCGAGUGCUGUGUGUUACGAGGCCAAGUACUUCGUCUGUGUGUGAUCGCCGACCGCUAAGCCUGCUACUUGGCGUGCUAGAUAGCUAAUAAGUUACUUUGAAGACGUAUAUACUGUAGAAGAAGUGGAUGAGGAAAUGUUCCUCAACAAUGUUUAAUCCAAAUGGUUUACUGGCUGUAUAAGCUGGUCACAUGACAGCUGCGUGUCAUAAAAGGGCGUGUUAAAAGCAGUACUGGAGAGCAGGAUUGUUUGUUUGGUUCCCUGCAAUAAGUCAUAACAGUCCACCAAUAGUGUUCGAGGCAUGUUGAAUAUGAGCCAGGUGUUCUUUUCUAUAGAGCGUGCACUUUUAUUCCAUUUAAACAACGAAGAAAAUUCAGCCCUGGCGUGAGUUGCGGAGCAGGAACGGCAUUGUAACCUGUAUCAGGUUGGGAAGAUACUUUUUCCAUCCUCGAUUGUCCUUGUCAUCAUUUGAAAAUCACCUUUUUAUUUUUCCCCGCCCCACCUCUCCUCUGAUUUCGCAGUUUAGUUUUCAGUCCUGAACGGCUGUAGGUUAGAGACGAGACAGAAGAGUGUGUCUGGGUUCUUGACUGUACACUACCUUUCAACCGAGCACAAUCACAGUACAUUCCCACAGAACUCCCUUGUACUUUUGGAUUUGAUUUAAAUUAAAUAAAUACAUUUUAAAAAACCUUCAA